AUGGAGAAAUUCAAUGUUCUGUUAAACGAAAUAAGUCGUGAUUUGAAUCCAAAGGACUUGGAAGAUCUCGUUCACAUCUGUAGGAUUGAGGAAAGUCGUAAACCCACCAUAACAAGUGGUCACCAUUUGUUUACCCAUCUUCGUCAUAAACGUCGCAUUAGCGAAGAAAAUGUUGAUUACUUGAAGCACAUCCUAAAUGCCAUACACAGACGUGAUCUUGUUUCUCUUGUCGAGAGGUUUGAAGGUCUGGAAACAUUAACAACGGAUUUUGGCCGAAUUAUCGCAGAUGUUAAACCUGAGCUAUAA